AUGUCAACGCUCUUCUCCUAUUCGGAUAUACCGCUCCCGGACAGGCGCAACGCGCCUGUGCCUCUCGAGGCGUCUAUGCAACACAAUGAUCCAUUCCUCUACGUCGAGCGUCAAGCGCGACAUCUCCAACAGAAUAUACAGAGUCUCCUCGAUGCCCAAAGUGAGGGCUUGCUCGCUGGUCUCUCUGGCCCUCGUAACGACGAGGCCUUUUCUAAUGGAAGUUCGACGCCCACGGUUUCUGGAGUCAGUAGCCCCAAAGGGGCGCCAACAAUACCUGUCAGGCAGCCCCCGAAGAAAAAGAUCGGCCUGCGCGCUGCACGCAAGGGUAUUCUGAGGUCUAUGCAUGAGUUGCUGAGUGUCAAGGAGGAGGAAAAGAGAAUAAUUGCGGCGCGAAUACAAGAACGACGAGAUGCCAUAAGGGAAGUGGAUACGUUCAUUACCAAGCAACAAGGUCUCCAAAAGACGAUAUCGGACAUCCAGAAUGGUCGUGAUGGACAAAGGACCGGUGAGCUGAAAAAGGAAGCUCGAAAUUUGGAACGGGAGAUCGAGGAAUUGGAGCAUAAGCUCUCAGAAAUGAGGGCUAGAUACCGCCACGUCGUCCAGGAGAUCUCGUACACUGAGAACUCCGUGGAGGCGAAGCUGUCCUCUUACAAGAAUUCCCUGUCCCUUCUUGAAUCUGAAGUCAGACAGUAUUUGCAAAAUCCGCCUUUGGAACCAUUACCGUCGACGCCCGCCGAGUCAUCUUUUUAUUCCUUGAAUCCCAAGCGGCGUACACUGGAGAUGGCGCGAGAACACUGGAGAACCGAACAGGCAGAAUUAAGAAAGAGACAGCGGGGAGUUGAUGCGGAGAUAAGAGCGCUGGAGGAAGGCGGACCCGUGUGGCAAAGCGUGAUUGCCGAAGUUUCCAACUUUGAGAAGCGGUUGAAGGAGGAGAUGCAGCGCUCUAUCGGACCUGGGUCUGCCGAGGCUCGUGGAGGUAAUGUUGAAGAAGCUCGGGAUAGAGCGAAGAAGAUCAUUGAGGACAUGGAUGAAACGGCCAAUCGACUCGAAGAGAAACUCGACCUCGCGGAAGAAAAGAACUGGAGGUUACUUGUUUGUUGCAUCGGCGCUGAGCUAGAAGCUUUCAAGGAAGCAAGAGCAAUGCUUCUCGAUACGUUUCACUUGUCAGAGGAGGAGAACAAACAGACGACCGAAGUGGACAAAAAUAACGUAAAAGGCCGUGAAGGCGGGGAAGCUGCUGCUGAUGAUUCUGUCAAUGAUAAUGCGUAUCCUAAUGCUGAUCCGGACCCAGUCGGAGUGCUUGCGAUGAGCCUGCCGUCGCCAACGUUCUCAUUUGCCAUUCCUUCUGUGUACGAUAGUACUCGGCUUGAAUGCCGCCUCUUCCACCCAAAGCAGCAUGGACGACAACAACCCACUGGAACCUGGACAAAGAGAGGCGCUAUCGUAGCUCAUCCUUACGCCCCUCUUGGAGGAUGCUGUGACGACCCUGUGGUACACUCCGUUGCUGGGCAGCUCCUGCAGCUGGGAUAUAUCGUGUGCACGUUCAACUUCCGGGGAGCAGGCGACUCCGAAGGACGGACUAGUUGGACAGCGAAGCCUGAGGUGGGAGACUAUGUCUCAGUGUACGGUUUCAUGCUAGAAUACCUCCGCAGGUUGGACAUGCAUCCAUCUUCCAGAAAUAGGCCAGACGAUCAACAUGAUCAGGGUUCAGCAGCCUCAGGAGCUAGGAACGACCAAGGCAAGGAGCCAUCCUGGGAGAUUGAGUUGAUACUAGGCGGAUAUUCGUACGGUUCCAUGAUUGCAUCGCAUCUCCCUAAAGUUGAGGAUGUCUUGAAUCUUUUCGCCAAUCCUUCCGAUUCAUCUCCAGCGAAACUUAUCUCUUUAAAAGCAAAGGAGUUGUCGAAGGCCUGGAACCAAGAGCAUCUCAAGCAGACCCCGGAAAGCGCAAGUGGCGCAAACAGAAUGACAGUGCCAAAGAUUUCCUAUCUAUUGGUGUCUCCUAUUCUGCCACCUGUCUCGCUGUUUGUGACAAUGUUCUCCCGUGUGUCGUUCAUCUCUGGAAUGAGCCCCGGUCUCUCUCUCCAAGGGGCGCAUGUGCCGACACCAUCGCCUGACGAACAGCUCCGCACAUAUCCUACCUUGGUCAUCUAUGGCACGAGUGAUAUUUUUACCCCGCACAAGAAGAUACGGAGAUGGGUGGACACACUACGUAAUGUGCCCGGCAGCAAGAUCGAGAGUCGAGAAAUCGAAGGGGCGGGGCACUUCUGGGUCGAGCGCGAUACGGAGCCGCAGAUGAGACGGGCGCUGAGAGAGUGGCUGGCUCAUAGGCGGUAG